CCCGGGUAGAGGGAUGGCGCGUGUCGCCUCUGGGGUGCGUCGCAGACACCUCUGGGACGCCAGCUUGAAAGCCGCCCCCGGCCUGGGAUUUGAUUCCACUUUAUCAACUCCCAACCCCCACCCAUCUCAACCGCAACUCCAACUCCGUGAGAAAGCCCCGACUUUGCGGAGCCCCAGGUGCAGUGGAGCUCAGCAAACUCGAGACACUUUUUUCCCUCCCUCUCCUCCACCCCAAUCCAAGUUUAGGUUCUGACUGAGCCAAGAGUGGGUGCUAAAAGCAGCGGGCAUCAGGUGUCUAGGGCGGGCCUCCAGGUCUCUGGGGACUCUCGGGUUGAAGUCUUGCUCUGGGCAGAGGCUCCAGGGCGUUUUCCCAGAGCCGGUGGCUCUGCACCGCUGGAAAAACCACGCUUCGUCGCAGCAUGGCCACCAGCCUUAGCGCAGACAGCCCGCAGCCGCUGAGUCCGCUGUCUACCCAGCAGACCACACUUCUGCUACUCCUUUUGGUCCUGGCCGCCGUGCACUUGGGACAGUGGCUGCUGCGACAGUGGCGGCAGAAACCGUGGUCCUCACCCCCGGGUCCUUUCCCGUGGCCACUGAUCGGAAAUGCGGCGUCUGUGGGCCGGGCGUCACACCUGUACUUUGCUCGCCUUGCGAGGCGCUAUGGGGACGUUUUCCAGAUCCGCCUGGGCAGCUGUCCCGUCGUGGUGCUGAAUGGCGAGAGUGCCAUCCACCAAGCCCUGGUGCAACAGGGCAGCGUCUUCGCGGACCGGCCGCCCUUUCCCUCUUUCCACGUGGUGUCUGGUGGCCGCAGCCUGGCGUUUGGCCACUACUCGGAGCGCUGGAAGGCGCAGCGACGCGCGGCCUAUGGCACGAUGCGCGCCUUCUCCACGCGCCACCCGCGCAGCCGCCGCCUCCUGGAGGGCCACGCGCUGUGCGAGGCGCGAGAGCUGGUGGCGGUCCUGGUGCGACGCUGCUCGGGCGGCGCCGUCCUGGAUCCGACGCAGCCGAUCAUCGUGGCGGUGGCCAAUGUCAUGAGCGCCGUGUGCUUCGGCUGCCGGUACAACCACGACGAUGCCGAGUUCCUAGAGCUGCUCAGCCACAACGAAGAGUUCGGGCGCACGGUGGGCGCAGGCAGCCUGGUGGACGUGCUGCCCUGGCUGCAGCUCUUCCCUAACCCGGUGCGCACCGCCUUCCGCGAGUUCGAGCAGGUCAACCGCAGCUUCACCAACUUCGUCCUGGACAAGUUUUUCAAGCACCGCGAAAGCCUGGUGCCCGGGGCUGCUCCCCGAGACAUGAUGGACGCCUUCAUCCUCUCUGCGGAAAAGAAGGCGGUCGGGGGCCCUGGCGAUGGUCCCUUCGGGCUGGAUUUGGAGAACGUGCCGGGCACUAUUACGGACAUCUUCGGAGCCAGCCAGGACACCCUCUCCACCGCGCUGCUGUGGCUGCUCAUCCUCUUUACCAGAUACCCUGAUGUGCAGGCUCGGGUGCAGGCUGAGUUGGACCAGGUUGUGGGGAGGGACCGUCUACCCUGCAUGGAUGACCAGCCCAACCUGCCAUACGUCAUGGCUUUCCUUUAUGAAUCGAUGCGAUUUUCCAGCUUUCUGCCUGUUACCAUUCCUCACGCCACCACGGCCAACACCGUUGUCCUAGGCUACCACAUCCCCAAGAACACGGUGGUUUUUGUCAACCAAUGGUCUGUGAACCACGACCCAGCCAAGUGGCCUAACCCAGAGGACUUUGAGCCAGCCCGAUUCCUGGACAAAGACGGCUUCAUCAACAAGGAACUAGCCAGCAGUGUGAUGAUUUUUUCCGUGGGCAAACGGCGGUGCAUCGGGGAAGAGCUCUCUAAGAUGCUCCUGUUCCUUUUUAUCUCCAUCCUCGCUCAUCAGUGCGAUUUCAAGGCUAACCCAAACGAGCCCUCAAACAUGAGUUUCAGUUACGGCCUGACCAUUAAGCCCAAGUCGUUUAAAAUCCACGUGUCUCUCAGAGAGUCCAUGGAGCUCCUUGAUAGUGCUGUUCAAAAGCUGCAAACUGAGGAGGCUGGUCAGUGAGAAGCCAGAGGUAGCUGAAAUGUUACAACACCCGCCUCAUUAAUUGGGGGAGGAAAACACAGGUUUUUUUGUUUGUUUUUUCCAGUUCCACUUUGGCCAUGACGUCUCUGAAGUGAGCAGAAACCAAGUGGCCUGAAGGUGAGGCAUGUUUACCAUGGCUCCUCCGGGGCCCAUGCCACCAUUACUGGCUGUAAUUUUGAAUCAGAGUAAAAGGGCCCAAGGAAUUUGGAUCCUGUCAGCAAAACCUUUCUAAG